AUGCUUUAGAUCCGUAUUCUUCCAUCUCGCUGAGUAUUUAUACCCUUCUAGACAGAUUUUGCUGGCUUCGUUGAAGAUUUUCCCUUCCCAUUCACUCACAAAAGUUCUCUCAUCUUGUGUGUAGCUGUCUGCGUCUGUAUUUAAUCUUCACACAUUUCAGCUGCUUUAACCAUGAGCGGUACUUCACCACCACCAGGGGGCUGGAUAGACCCCUCUACGGCUCCCAUGCACCCCAGAGCCGUUCUCCUGGUUGCGCCCGUGACCGCGUUCUAUAUUCUGGGGCUGGCCGCAAUCGGCCUCAGAAUCUGGGCGAGGCACAUCAAGAAAGUUUCUUGGCGGCUCUCUGACUAUACCAUCUUGAUUGCCGCUGUGUUUGGGACGGGCUAUGUUGCAAUGUGCUGGCUAGCGGCCACUCGUGGUGGUAUCGGCUACCCUCUCGUUCGAGUGCCUCUUACUGGGCUGCUUGUGACCCGCAAGGCAUUUUUCGUGGGCUGGCUCUUGCAAUGCUGGGCCAACUCAUUUGUCCGCCUCUCCAUCCUAGAUUUCAUCCACCAAGUCUUCGCCAUCAGGAAGUUCCGCUUCGCCGUCUACGUCUGUGAGGCGGCAACCGUGGCCUACCUGGUUGCUUGCACAAUCGCCUUGUUGGCCACCUGCCGCCCUUUCGAGUACAACUGGGAGCUCGGUCCGGAAGUGACCAAGCACUGCAGCAACCUCUCACUAAAAUUCCUUCUCAGCUCCAUCUUCAACCUCGCCCUCGAUCUCAGCAUCCUGAUUCUUCCGAUGCCCAUGCUGUGGACUCUGCAAAUGAGCACGCGCAAGAAGAUUGCCAUUAGCUUUGUCUUUGGCCUGGGUAUUUUUGUCUGUUUCGCUACGGCAUGGCGAACAUACGAGGUGGUGGAGUUUUCCAAGCCUGCGUCCCAGUUGAACUUCACCGAAACCAUAGUCGAAGAUGCUCUGUGGUCUGGGCUUGAGAUCACCCUCGGAAUCAUCAACGCAUGUCUCCCUGUGAUGCAACCGGCAGCCCAGCGCAUCUUCAACAUCCCAUUCAUCCGACUCAUCAGUUUCUCCACAAAUCGUUCCGCCAAGAACUCCAAGAUGUCCGCAGACUCCAGCACCCCCUUCAAGAAUUCGCGCUUCCCAUCGUGGGUGCGUCUCGGCAGCUCAAAGAGCGAAUCGAAGGUCGGCAUCCAGCGCGAGGUGGAGUAUUCGGUCGACAUCGAAUCAGACUCUGGUCAUCGCAUUCCUAUGGAGAAUAUGGGGUCAACCACAAAGCUGUCGACACAGAACCCCACGCCAUACCACAGAUCCCUGACGAACCAGUACUUUGCCGGGGACCCUCGAUCCUAGAUUCAGCUAAUCACCCGGCCGAUCAAGACUUGGAGGCCAGCGAGUACAACAUCGGAGCCGACAAAGGGCUCCGAAGAAAGACUACUGCACACUGUGUGGAGGAACUUUGGUUGCUGGAUGCGUCUGCUCAAAUGCUCUCAUGUAUCUACCUAGAUAUUUCAGAAUGUAUCGUUGAUUUACCAUGAUUGUGGUGAACAAAUGGUUGCUGUCUAGCUAAGAGGCACAGUUUCGUCACCUGAUGACCAACUACAAACGUCGUGCAUUAAGAUUGCUCGUCAUCUACAAUGUACAUCUGAAUCUUGUCGACGUCCAAAAAUGUCUUGUCAUGCGCCUCGAGCCGAGCCUUGUUCUCGGGAGUCCCCGUAAUUUCUUUCAGCCUCAGAAAUGCCGCCUUGUCCUUGAACUCAAGAUACCCGAUGCCAUCGUAUUUUGUAUCUGCCGGGCCUGUAGCCUGCGUCGGAUAGUGGUGGUAGUGGGUUUGAGGGUAGGCGUCGCCGGCGAUCUCCUUCAGCAUGUUGAGGUGAUGAUGGUCCCACUGAUUCUUGAACUCGUCAAGGGAAACGCCAGGGGCCUUGACGGCGAGCAGGUAGACUCUGAAGACCAUUAUGUUGACUGGUGUUGGCGAUAUUGACUGUUGCACGGAGAGGUACUGCUUUUGCUAUGAUGAAAUGGAAAUCCGAGAUAUUUGAUCGCUUUGAGUGAGAAGUGAUGGAUGAUUUUGAAAGCAGUCUUAGGGAUUAUAAUGAAUAUUUUCUGUCAAUACAGCAAAAGCUGGCGUUUCAGCUCAUUGAGGAUAUAAAAAGUU